CAUGGACAUGGAGAUGGAGUUGAAGAGGUACGUCAAGGUCUGGGUUUUAGCUACAACAUGCUUAUGCUACUGUUACUAUGUAGCAGCAAGGUUACCAAAGGGUGCGUUAAGACUCCUUUCAAUCCUCCCUGUCAUCUACAUCUUCAUCAUUCUCCCCAUCACCCUCACCUCUGUCAGUCUCUGUGGCCCUACUGCUUUCUUUCUGGUUUGGCUUGCUAACUUCAAGCUCCUCCUCUUCUCAUUUGGUCAAGCUCCUUUAUCACCACCACCUCCCAAGCUUUUCCAUUUCAUCUCCUUAGCUUGUCUUCCCAUUAAACUCGUGCAAAGAACAGAUAAUGACAACAACCCAUCUCCCAGUUUCAUGCCCAGGUUACUUCUGGUGAUUAAAACCUUUGUUCUUCUUCUUCUUCUUCAUGUCCAUAAUUACAGGCAGUUCAUUCACCCUUACGUCUUCUUAUCUCUGUAUUGCUUGGAAAUGUACCUACAGAUAGAACUCGUCUUAGCCAUAUCUGCAAUCCCGGCUCGAGCCCUUUUUAGGUUCGAGAUCGAGCCACAGUUCAACGAGCCUUACCUUGCCACAUCUCUGCAAGACUUUUGGGGGCAUAGAUGGAACCUUAUGGUCACUAGUAUUCUGCGACCGACGGUAUACUAUCCUGUAAGCGAGUUUUCAAAGCGAUUAAUUGGGCCGAAAUGGGCCUCGUUGCCAGGUGUCGUAGCGACAUUUGUUGUGUCGGGUUUAAUGCACGAGGUUAUUUUCUUUUAUUUAACGCGUGUGAGUCCCACGUGGGAAGUCACUUGGUUUUUUAUCCUGCAUGGGAUCUGUGUGGCUAUGGAGGUAGCGUUAAAGAAGAUGGUGAAGGACAGGUGGCAGUUGCACCGGGCUAUUUCUGGGCCUUUGGCUGUGAGUUUUGCAGGUGUCACGGGCUUUUGGUUAUUCUUCCCUCAGCUUACUAGAAAUAGAGUGGAUGACCAGGUGGUGUGGGAAUGCUACAUUUUAUUAAAUUUCAUAAAGCAUAAAGUAAGCUCUUUUUUUAUUGGUUGAUGCUGUGUUUAGACCGAUGGAUUUGAGAUAAAUCUCUUGUU